AUGGCUAGCCUAAAGAUUCCUGACGGAGCGCUAGUAACCAUUAAAGACAAAGUCAUUUUGAUUACAGGCGGCUCCUCGGGCAUUGGUAGAGCGACUGCCGAAUUAUGUCUCCAACUAGGAGCAAAAGUAGUCAUCGGAGACCUCAACCCCGCUCCGGAUGACUUGUCGAGCCUCAAGAGCCUGAAGUUUGUAACAGCGGACGCCACCUCCUGGGACAGCCUGCGAAACCUGUUCAACCAAGCCGUAGAAGCGUUCGGGCGAAUAGACCACGUCUUCGCCAACGCCGGCAUUGCCCCAAGGGCGGGUUUUCUGGAAGAAACGCUGGACGAAAACGGCGAGCUCGAGCCCCCAGACAUGCAGGUGCUCAACGUCAACCUGAAUGGGGUGAUAUACACGACCAGACUGGCAGUUCACUACUUCACGAAGUUCGUAGGACAGCAUAACGGGGUAGUCACUGGAAGUAUUGUCCUCACGGCUUCCGCGUCGUCAUUCCAGACCUUCGGCGCUCCUGAUUACGCCACAGCCAAGCAUGGUGUCUUGGGCCUGAUGCGUGGCCUGGUCGGUCAACUACCCCCGAGUGUCCGGGUGAAUGCCAUUGCACCGUCGUGGACGGCAAGUGGUCUUGUUUCUGCUGAUUUCCUUGCGUCGCUGGGCGUGAUUGCACAAGGCCCAGAGGUCGUGGCGAGAAGUGUGGUGUUUCUUUUUACUGACUCUGAGAGGAAUGGCCAUUUAAUUUACAGUUGGGAGGGUAAAUAUAAGGAGAUUGACAAGACAGAGGGGGGCUCCUCAGUGCGGCAAAAAGUAUACUUGGGGUCCCUGUUAGUGAGGAUGAAGUCCUCCAGAAAAUGGCCGGACGCGCAAGCAAUGGGAGGUAGUUAG